GGCAACGUAGCUUAAAAAAGUAAACAAUUGGACUUCGGACAAUUGGAAUUUCUGAUGAAUUAUUUAGAUACGUAGUAGACGAAAAAUACUCUUUCGUAUAGACUGUUCAGUUGUGUAAAAUAACUAAAAUGAAUAGACUAACGUCUGUUUUCAAGGUUCGCCUACUUGAUAUUAGAGUAUUGGGAUCAAAAUGUAUGUCUAAAUGGACUGGCCAAGAAACCCUGGCUCAAGAUGAUCCGGAAAUGUGGGCUCUCGUCAAAGAAGAAAAGAUGAGACAAAAACAAGGAUUGGAACUCAUAGCUUCAGAGAAUUUCUGCAGUCGUGCUGGCCUUGAAGCCUUAGGCUCAUGCCUUAACAAUAAGUACUCGGAAGGUUAUCCUGGACAAAGAUAUUAUGGUGGAACUGAAGUCAUUGAUAAAAUUGAGCUGUUGUGUCAAAAGCGUGCCUUAGAAGCAUUCAAUUUGGAUCCAGCAAAAUGGGGUGUAAAUGUUCAGCCUUAUUCUGGGUCACCAGCCAAUUUUGCUACUUACACUGCCCUCAUGAUGCCUCAUGAUCGCAUCAUGGGAUUGGAUUUACCGGAUGGCGGGCACUUGACCCACGGUUUCAUGAGUGAUACAAAACGCGUUUCUGCUACUUCGGUCUACUUUGAAUCCAUGCCAUAUCGAUUAAACGUCGAUACCGGAUUGAUUGACUAUGAAAUGCUUCGCAAGACUGCAAAACUAUUCCGUCCGAAAGUAAUAAUUGCCGGUACAUCUGCCUAUUCCCGGUUACUCGACUACAAAACCUUCCGCGAAGUAUGUGACGAGGUGAAAGCUCAUCUCCUGGCGGAUAUGGCGCACAUCAGUGGACUGGUAGCUGGACGAGUUAUUCCAAGCCCGUUUGAUUAUGCGGAUGUGGUCACAAGCACCACACACAAGACGUUGCGCGGUCCGCGCUCCGGAUUGAUUUUCUUCCGUCGUGGUGUCAAAGCCAAGGACAAGCAAGGCAAAGAUAUUAUGUACGAUUUGGAACAGAGGAUAAAUCAGGCUGUGUUCCCAUCUCUGCAAGGUGGUCCGCACAAUCACGCCAUAGGAGGAGUCGCUGUAGCUCUCCGGCAGGCAAAUACCCAAGAAUUUCGUGAAUACCAAGCACAGGUUUUGCGGAAUGCAAAAGCUAUGGCGGCCGCGUUGAUGGCUAAAGGGUAUACACUAGUUUCUGGUGGCACUGAUACUCAUUUGCUGUUGGUUGAUCUUCGCCCGAAAGGACUGGAUGGCUCUAGAGCAGAACAGGUGUGCAACAAAACUUCAAUUUCAUUGAAUAAAAAUACCUGUCCAGGAGAUAAGAGUGCAAUGACUCCUGGUGGUUUGAGACUUGGUGCACCAGCUUUAACAUCCAGAGGUUUUACUGAGAAAGAUUUUGAGCAGAUGGUUGAAUUCUUUCAUCGAGCUAUUGGAAUUGCUUCAGAAGCCAAGCAAAAAACUAGCAAGUUGAAGGAUUAUAAAGAAUAUCUGGAGAAUAAUGAUGAAAUCAAGGCUAAAAUGGCUGCACUGAAAAGCGAAGUGAACAAAUUUGCUCUGCAGUUCCCAAUGCCAGGAUUUGAAGAUCAUUGAAAUUAGUUUUACAGUGAAGUAUUCAGUGCUCAAUUAUACAUUCUAAAAACUGUUAUUUUAAAGAUGACUCUAAUAGAGGUUUCACAUGUUAUUCAUUAACAAAAGUUUGCUUCCAUAAAUGGUUGUGCCAGGUUAUAUACAGAAAUUUGUGUAUAGUUAGUGAAUGAAAUAAAGAGAUACAACAUUA